UAUUCUUCCGCGGGACAGUGACGCGGCCUUUUCCUUCCGACAACAGUAGCCGAGUGCGGGCAGCAGUGCUGCUCAGAAACAUUAGCUAAUUCGCGUACAGUACAUUAAAAAACGGUGUAUUCGCGGUAACGUGAUACGCUAGGGAACAUCUGGGUGUGUUUGUUUUACUCUCCAACUUUAUUUUGCUACUUCAUUUCUCUGUUUGCCACACCGCUUGAACACUGAAGAAAUAUAAUCCGGUUCGUGUUGUGCGCUACGAAGCUAACGUUAGCUAGCUACUUCUGGAGUGAGGCUCAGGCAGAAUGGAGCUGAUUGCAAUCCUCGAAAAAACGGUCUCUCCAGAUCGAAAUGAACUGGAGGCUGCGCAGAAGUUUCUGGAGCAGGCGGCGAUUGAAAACUUGCCCACGUUCCUGGUGGAGCUGUCCAAGGUCCUGGCCAAUCCCGGGAACAGCCAGGUGGCCCGCGUCGCGGCAGGACUGCAGGUCAAGAACUCGCUCACCUCCAAGGACCCCAACGUGAAGACGCAGUACCAGCAGAGAUGGCUCGCCAUCGACAGCAACGCCCGCAGGGAGAUCAAGAACUACGUGCUCCAGACCCUGGGCACGGAGACGUACCGGCCCAGUUCGGCCUCCCAGUGCGUGGCCGGCAUCGCCUGCGCAGAGAUCCCCGUCACCCAGUGGCCUCAGCUCAUCCCCCAGCUGGUGGCCAACGUCACCGACCCCAGCAGCACCGAGCACAUGAAGGAGUCCACGCUGGAGGCCAUCGGAUACAUCUGCCAGGACAUCGACCCAGAGCAGCUGCAGGAGAACGCCAACCAGAUCCUGACCGCCAUCAUCCAGGGCAUGAGGAAGGAGGAGCCCAGCAACAACGUGAAGCUGGCCGCCACCAACGCGCUGCUCAACUCCCUGGAGUUCACCAAAGCUAACUUCGACAAAGAGACGGAACGACACUUUAUAAUGCAGGUGGUCUGUGAAGCAACACAGUGCCCGGACACGAGAGUACGAGUAGCGGCCUUACAGAACCUGGUCAAGAUAAUGUCCCUGUACUAUCAGUACAUGGAGACGUACAUGGGCCCCGCUCUGUUCGCCAUCACAAUAGAAGCCAUGAAGAGCGACAUCGAUGAAGUGGCCUUGCAGGGAAUUGAGUUCUGGUCCAACGUGUGCGACGAGGAGAUGGACCUGGCUAUCGAGGCGACUGAGGCAUCAGAGCAGGGUAGACCUCCAGAACACACCAGCAAGUUCUACGCCAAAGGAGCCCUGCAGUACCUGGUGCCCAUUCUCACCCAGACCCUCGCCAAGCAGGACGAGAACGACGACGAUGACGACUGGAACCCCUGCAAGGCGGCGGGGGUGUGUCUGAUGCUGCUGGCCACCUGCUGCGAAGACGAUGUCGUGCCGCACGUGCUGCCCUUCAUCAAGGAGCACAUCAAACACCCCGACUGGCGCUACCGCGACGCCUCCGUCAUGGCCUUCGGCUCCAUCCUAGAGGGGCCCGACCUCAACCAGCUCAAGCCCCUCGUCAUCCAGGCUAUGCCCACUCUGAUCGAGCUGUUGAAGGACCCCAGUGUGGUUGUCAGGGACACCACGGCCUGGACGGUGGGCCGGAUCUGCGAGCUGCUCCCCGAGGCCGCCAUUAACGCCGUGUACCUGUCGCCGCUGCUGCAGGGUCUGAUCGAGGGCCUGGGGGCCGAGCCUCGCGUCGCCUCCAACGUCUGCUGGGCCUUCUCCAGCCUGGCGGAAGCUGCCUAUGAGUCCGCCGACGCGGUGGAGGACCAGGAGGAGCCCAGCACCUACUGCCUCUCCUCCUCCUUCGAGCUCAUCGUACAGAAGCUCCUGGAGACCACAGACAGGCCCGACGGUCACCAGAACAACCUGCGCAGCGCCGCGUACGAGGCCUUGAUGGAGAUCGUGAAGAACAGCGCCAAGGACUGCUACCCGGCCGUGCAGAAGACCACCCUGGUCAUCAUGGAGCGGUUACAGCAGGUGCUCCAGAUGGAGUCCCACAUCCAGAGCACCUCGGAUCGCAUCCAGUUCAACGACCUGCAGUCCCUGCUGUGUGCCACCCUGCAGAACGUGCUGCGUAAGGUGCAGCACCAGGACGCGCUGCAGAUCUCAGACGUGGUGAUGGCCUCUCUGCUCAGGAUGUUCCAGACCACCGCCGGCUCCGGCAGCGUUCAGGAGGACGCGCUCAUGGCCGUCAGCACGCUGGUGGAGGUUUUGGGGAGCGAUUUCUUAAAGUAUAUGGAUGCAUUCAAACCUUUCCUGGGUAUUGGACUGAAGAACUACGCAGAGUUCCAGGUGUGUCUGGCGGCCGUGGGGCUGGUGUGUGACCUGUGCCGGGCGCUCAUGUCCAAUAUCCUGCCUUACUGUGACGAGAUCAUGCAGCUGCUGCUGGAAAACCUGGGGAACGAUAACGUGCACAGGUCUGUGAAGCCCCAGAUUCUGUCCGUGUUCGGCGACAUCGCCCUGGCCAUCGGCGGAGAGUUCAAGAAGUACCUGGAGAUCGUGCUCGACACCCUACAGCAGGCCUCGCAAGCCCAGGUGGACAAGACGGAUUACGACAUGGUCGACUACUUGAACGAGCUGCGGGAAGGCUGUCUGGAGGCGUACACCGGCAUCAUCCAGGGCCUGAAAGGAGACCAGGAGAACGUGCACCCGGACGUGAUGCUGGUGCAGCCACGCGUGGAGUUCAUCCUGUCCUUCAUCCACCACAUCGCAGAGGACGAAGACCAUUCUGACGGCGUGGUGGCCAACUCCGCUGGGCUCAUAGGGGACCUCUGUACGGCCUUCGGGAAGGAUGUGAUGAAGCUGGUGGAGCUCCGGCCCCUCAUCAACGAGCUGCUGACUGAGGGCCGACGGUCGAAGUCCAGCAAAACCAAGACCCUGGCCACCUGGGCCACCAAGGAGCUCCGCAAGCUGAAGAACCAGGCCUGAUGGCAGCCUGUGGAGGGGAAACUCGCUGAGAAUGCUCCACUGGAAUUUCUUCUGUCUUUUGGCAAUGCAGUUAAAGCAGAAGUGAAGAGUGUGUCUGAAUGUAAGAGUGAGUGAGUGAAGCUUUAUCAUACCAUCUACUGAGUACAAUUCCAGCUCCACAGAGGCUCUGGACCACCACCAGACUGAAUCAGACACCGCCACAUGGAUAUCUCUUAUCUGGACAGCUGUAGCCAGCUCGUUCAAGAACUCUUAAAACUGGUUAUCAGUCAGCCACAGGGGGAAAAAAAAACAAAACAAAAAAAACGCGAAACAAAAAGGAUUACCAGAGUAGACAAAACAAAACAAAAACUGCCAAACUCGGAGUUUCUUUUCACAAAAGGACUUUUUUUGCUCUUUGACUGGUCUGUGGAAGACGUUUUUACAAAGCACUUAACGUGCAGGACUUCAAACGGAGAUCUGAGAAAUUAAAAACAACAAACAGCAUUUUAAUUGAGUGU